CAGUAUACACUGUACACAAUUAUAUGAACUUAGACCACGUGACUUGAACUUAGAUCACGUGACUGGUAGUAAAGGUAAAGCAACCAGGAAGAAUAAACACCAAACCGAAAGUACUUCCCCGCCAGGUGAAUAUCGGGGUGGGGACCAUGGAUUCCGUGUCCAUCGACAGCGAUCUGGGUUUUGAUCGGAUGUAAAAGACACACAAUGGCCACGCCCACAACCCAGGUACAGGAAAUCAUCACCUGUGAUCUCUGCACCAAGCCAACCCGAAAAUUUUGUAACAACUGUCAAGUCACCUUGUGUGCAGAAUGCAUCAAUAAACAUGUGGAGAAGCUCGAUUCCCUACCACAUGACAUCGUUCCUUUCAAAGACAGAAAGGUGGCUUUUCCAGAGUGUGAAUUUCACACCAACCAGAGAUGCGAGGCCCACUGCCAACAAUGUGAUGUUCCAGUUUGCCUGAAAUGCAUUUUUGGUUCCCAUUAUGGUCACAAAUUUAAGGAUAUGCCGGAAAGUUUUAAUGGCAAGAAAAAGGAAUUAGAAAAAGAAACCAAAGAAAUUGAAUCCACCAUCAUUCCACAGUACAAAAAGAAAAAUGAAGAAACAGAAAGCAAACUAUCAGUUAUAAUGGCCGAAUUUGAUGAAAUGGAAAAUGAAAGAGAAGAGCAUAGAAAAUUCUGGCACCAAGAAGUAGACACCAUUUUCAAUACACUUGGGUCUUUGAUGGAAUCUAUGAGAGAGAAUCACCUGGCUGCUCUAAAAUCCCAUCAAUCCAAAAUAAAUAAUUGUAUUCCAGACAUGAUCCAAACAGUUCAACAAAAUAAGAUGAUUAUGAAAUCAAGAAAAGUGUCUGACGUGACUAACUACAAAUCCAAAGUCGAGGAAUACAGAAACAUGCCUACUGAUAUUGAUAUCAAACUCCCAUCACUUAAAAUUGAUUCAGUCCAAGGGAGAGAACUCAGUCUGGAAUUAGAAGAAUACAAGGCUAGCCUGACACAGACAACACUGUCCAGUCUGACAGAGGAAGUCUCCUAUUUAUCUUUACAAAAGCUGUUAGAGCAAGCCAAAUCAAUUACAACCAUUCCUACUGGAGUUAAUCCUCUAUACAAUGUUGUCUGUGUGGGAGUGGAUGAGGUCUGGGUUAGUGGUAAAGAUAAAACCAUAAGACGUGUUGACAUACACGGGUCUGUACAGGACACUUUCACCACCACAUGUCAAUACUGGCCUGAUGGCAUCACAGUGACCGGACAGGGAGAACUGGUAUACAGUGAUUAUCACAAUAGAACUGUGAACAUUGUCAGACAUGGGAGAACAGAGGCACUGAUAACCACACCACAGGGCUGGCAUCCAGGCAAACUAUGCUGUGCUAAGUCAGGGGACAUCCUGGUCAGUAUGUUUACUACUGAUUUUAGCCAACGUAAAAUUGUUCGUUAUCAGGGACACACAGUGAAACAAGAAAUAUAUAGACUUGAAGAUGGAGAACCUAUCUAUAAAGGAGGGAAAUACGCAGUGUUUGUGGAGGAAAACAACAAUGGAGACAUCUGUACCUCUGAUGGUAAUGCUGACACCGUGGUCGUGAUGAACAAGUCUGGAAGUGUCCGAUUCCGAUACGACGGUACACCAGCCAACAGGAAGAAGUCAUUUAAUCCUGUACAUAUAGUGACAGACUCCAUGAGUCAGAUCAUUGUGGCAGAUCUCAACAAUGACUGUCUACACAUCCUGGAUCAGAACGGACAGUUCCUGAGAUGUGUGGACAAUUGCGGACUAGAUGAACCUCAUGGACUGACUGUGGACAGUGAGGGGAGGUUGUGGAUAGGUUUAUAUAAAUCAGGAGAAGUGAAAGUGAUUCAGUACAUGAAAUAAACGUACACUGUUUAGAACGUGUAAUGUACAGACAUCAGAUGAUGACAAAGUUCACACAGUGCAUUAAUUCAUUGAGAUUUAUAAAUCCUAAUCACGUUAUAACUGACAGAACUGGCACGAGAAGUUAUAUCUCCAUGGCUAUAUAUAUAUAAUGUAAUAUUUUGGAACCUCACAAAAUCAAAUUCAGACAGAAACUUCAAAACAAUCCCAAAUACUCAUACAAAAUAAAACUUUUGAUUAGGUUUAAAAGUAGCAGAUCCCCCCCCCCUCCCCCGCGCAUAUUCUAAUAUUCUAACAUAUCUUAAUUUUUUAUUUGCUAUCUGUUUUGAAAAUAUAGGUUGAUGUUACUCUAACUGUUAUUUAGAGUGCCUCGGGAGCCUUAAUUGCUUUUCUGGACCAUUACAUCGUGAAUUGAACAAUAUUCCAAACAAUAUUAAUGUGCGAUUUCUAAGGUUAGCUUUGGGACUGGAUUAUAACUAAUUCGUGUUUAGGAGUUGUGCAUAUGAUCUGUAGUAACUAAAAUAUUCGGCAAUAUAUUAUUAUGAUGACAUAAAUACAUGUUAUUGCAUGAAUGACAUGAUAUAGUAUCAUGUUUACUUUAUUGUAUACCCUUAUUACCAGGUUAAUUGUAAUGGUGUAAUACAUGUAAUCAACGAAAGUAAUUUACUCAUGCAUGAAGCAUAUACUUUGAUAUUCGUAGUUAUAUUUUACAUGCACAAUGGUAUUGAUCUAGAUUUCACAAUUUUGAAAUGUGUUUUCUAUCUUUCAUAUAACAAAUUGGGUAUGAACAAUAUUCCAAACAAUAUAAAUGUGCGACUUCUAACGUUAGCUUUGGGACUGUAUUAUAAACAAUCUAUGUUUACGAGUUGCGCAUAUGAUAUGUUGUAACUGAAAUGUUUGGCAAUAGAUGACCACUAUGACAUAAUGUCACUGCAUGAACAACGUGAAAUAUUAUCUCUACUUAUUUUACUACCUUUAUUACCAGGUUAUUUAUAAUACUGCAAUGAUCUAAAGGUAGUUUACUCAAUACAUAGGGUAUGUACUUUGACUAUUUGGGUUUUUUCUCUCUCACAUACAUGGGUAUUGAUCUAGAUAUCAUAAUUUUGAAAUGUAUUUUUAUCCUCCAUAUGUAAAAUUGUUUUUUUUUAUGUGCAACAUUUGUUCACAAGGACGAGCAAUAUGACAUGUUCUACAAGUAUAUUAAUCUUAGUAUUCUUAGGUUUGGUAGAUGCACCAGUGUAUCAUGAUUAUUGCAUACGGUUUUAAGGGAUAUUUGAGAUACGUAAUACAUAUCGAUGAUUUUUCAAUUUCAUCUUGGAAUGUCAAGGCCAAAUGAGAGUUUUCUCUAUCAUUUCUGAAACAUGAUAUUAAUAUACUUCUUGAACCAUGGAAAGGUACUGAUCCUGAUGUUUCUAUACCACAAUAUAAUAUUUCACAAAAAUGUAAAAGAAAAAAGGUCCAAGAAAUUUAGUGGUGGAAUCAUCAUUGCAUAUAAAACUGUAUUACAUAAAGGAAUAACUGAAAUCAAAGACGCAACAUCUUCAGAAAAUAGAUUAUAGUUGAAACUGGAUAAAACUUUUUUCGAUUUUUCAAAUGAUCUAUAUGUGUGCAGGUAAUAUUCCACCAGUGAAUUCUGUCUACUACAAUGCUGAUUUUUCUGAACUUGGAAUUGAAGUACCUAGAAUUAUGUCUAAAACACACGUAAUAUCCUUAUUGUUAGUGAUGUAAAUGCAAAAAUUUCCAAUCAUAAUGACUGUAGUGUUAAUGAUAAUUGCUUAACCAGAAACUUAGAAGACCUAUUACCAGAUAACUAUAAUAUUGAUCAUGAUAUUCCUAGAUACUCAGUAGAUAGAGUAAUUAAUGCUCAACGUAGACAACUACUAGAUUUUUACAUCCCCCCACCAGGUUCGUAUUUGAAUGGUCGAUUUGUUGGUGAUUCUGUAGGUAAUUUUUCUUGUUACAAACCUAAUGGAGCUAGUACUGUAGACUAUGCUUUAACCGACGUGGAACUUUAAGAUAAUAUAAACUUUUUUCAAGUGUCUGAUCCUACAUAUUUUUCAGAUCAUGCACAAAUAACUGUAUAUAUUCGGUACAAUUAGUCUGAUAGUGAGACUAAUUUUAAUUCAAGAGCAUCACAAUCCAAGUUUUCGAAAUGCUCUUAUAAAUGGGAAACAUUUCAAAAUCUAAAAUAUUAGAUGCUAUGUCAGAUCCCAAAUUACUGGAACAAAUUUUGAACCCAAUGCAGAAGGUAUAGAUAAAGUUACUGAAGACCUAAACUCAAUUCUAAAGGAUUUAAGAAUGAAAUCCUGCAGAAUAAUAAAAUGUAAGAAGAUAAAGGUUCAUAAAAAACAACCAUGGUGUGACCCAGCUGAUGGAUCUGCAAAAAAAAAAACAACAACCAAAAAAAAAACAAAAAACAAAAAAAAAACCACGUGUUGAUGUUAGGAACACUAGAAUGAAAAAUGAACCCUUUAAUUUAAAACUUAGAUCUGAUUAUUCUAUCUACUGUAAAUAAAAUGAAAACAAAAUUGUAAAAUAAAAAUGUAUUUGUUUCAGAAAGAGUACUUCAUUGUUAUUUCGGAUUUCAAACAUUUCGGUUGAGCAUCACUGAAGAGACAUUAUUUGUCGAAAUGAUGCGCAUCUGGUGCAUUAAAAUUGGUACCGUAUAAGUUUUACAUAUGAUAAAUUACUGAAUUGGAAAGAAACAAACCCCAAACAAUGCUGGGAAAUGCUUAAUUCUUUCAAGAAAGGUAAUAGCAUAUCGGAUAUAUUAGUAAACAUCGAUAAAGUUAUAAACCAUUGCAAAACGCAAGGUUCAGCUACACAGAAUACGAGACGCGGUUAUAGCAGGCCUGUUUACAUUUUACUGACAAUGGUUCAGCUAUACAACGAACCGACUACAAGAAAUGUUAUCUCAGAAAUUAGAACAUGUUAAUUAAUAUUAAAAAAUGGCCCAAAAUAUAUCAUUAACACACAAUAUAUACUAUGCUGUGUAAGGAAAGCUAGAUAUUCCCAAGCGAGACUUCGGAUGAAAUCUAGCGAUACUACUGGGUGAACUAUGUCGAUGAACUUUUGUAAAUGGUUUAUUUAUUUCACUGUUUAGAGAUAAUUACAAUAUAUACACAUUCUUCUGUCUUUAAUUCAACCAGCAUAUAUAUCUAAAUUCUACAGUAUUAUAAAGAAUUUAUUGUUACAAAUACGUCUUGGAUACAUCUCGAGAUAGUGAAAACAAUUCUAAUUCAGGGAGCGUUUAAGUCAUUAGGCGCACGGGGGAAGCAUGUGUACCGAUGACGGGUUUUGCAGAGUCGUCCACUUCUGCUACAUAUUUAGAUAUUUUAUUGAAAGUAGACAUUAACGGCAAACUGACAACUCAACUGUAUGACAAACGGGAUGACUUCAGCUUCUCCAUCGUCAACUUCCCAUAUUUGUGUAGCAAUAUUCCAUUAUCACCUGCAUAUGGUGUUUAUAUAUCUCAACUGAUUCGAUAUGCAAGAGCUUGUUCUGGGUAUAGUCAGUUUUUAAAUCGAGGUAAGCUACUGACAAACAAGUUGAUGGUACAGUAAUUUCAACAGUCUCGAUUGAAGUCAGCAUUUCACAAAUUAUAUGGUCGUUAUAACGAUCUACUUCGUCCGUACAACCUUGCAUUGGGUCAAAUGUGGUCUGACGUGUUUCAUACCGAUUGUUUCAUACCGCACUGAUUUUGACUGCGGAUAACUCCGUUUACCUGAACAGGAUAUAGGGCUCACGUCGGUGUGACCGGUCAACAGGGGAUGCUUACUCCUCCUAGGCACCUAAUCCGACCUCUGGUGUGUCCAGGGGUCCGUGUUUGCCCAAGUAUCUAUUUUGUAUUGAUUAUGGGAGUUAUGAGAUUGAUUCGUUAUCUUCACCUUGCAUGAUUAAUAAGAGUUUACGGCCUCAAUAUUCUGUCUAUACAGUGAGGGAUAUUGUGUGCCAAUUCGUUACAGAACAAAUGAUGUUCAUGCCUGUUUCUGUUAAUAACACAAGAGGUACGCGCCCUGCCAUAGAAAUCUGACUGACUUCCACCAAAUUAGACCUUAUAAAAUAUAUUCUGAUACUUUUGUCAGCGCAUAUAGAUGUACACAUGUAUUCUUCACUAUGCAUCUUCGAUGUAGGUGUGCCAAAACAGGGUAUAAUUCAACAAAUACAUGUACUCAUCUUCAAAUUGAACGCACUGCAAAACGGCCUUUAUUUAACACUUCAAAAGUACUGGUAUUGUGUUUCGUGUCAUGCGUACUUAACAAUGAUACUCGCCUUGUAUCGGCCUGUAGCCC